CUUUUGGCUGUCAAAAACUUUUCACGCAAUAAUACAUCAGUUACAUUUUAUAAAGACUUUAAGACUUAUUUGAAGUAUUGAUACUGCACGUAUCGGGCAUUAAAAGUCCAUACACGAACUAAUUUUGUCUUAAAUAUCUGAGGAAGAUUGAAUUACAUAUAAGUUAUUGUUGACAAUUAAAAUGGCAGAAAAAAUGUCAAGUGAGAGUUUAGAAAUGGACCCUGAACUUGCUAAACGUUUGUUAAUUGAGGGAGGUACAUUUGUUAUCUUUAACGUACCAGAUGAAACUGAUUUUGGAAUAGAUUUGAAGUCUUGGAGCACUGGAGUUAAUUUUAAAGGGAUUAAAAUGAUUCCUAAAGGAUUGCAUUUUAUUCAUUACAGUGCAACUGAUAAAUAUGGAGGAACUGCACCAAAAGUCGGCUUUUUUUACAUUUUUAAGCAAUCAGAAUUUUUGGUAAAGCGAUGGGAUAAAAAAGAAGAACGUGUUGAUUCUGAUGUUGCUUCAGCAGAAUCAAUUAAUAGACUUAAAGAAAAUAUUAAGGAAUUAGACAGGUACUUGGGAGUUUAUCCAUAUGAUCUAUGGAAGCCAUGGUGCGAUCUGACAGAUAAAAUAAAUGAAAGGAUCAUUGAACGAUGUCAACCUGCAUGUGGAUUUGUAUGUUCAGCUUUGGAAUUAGUUAAUACUAGUGAUGCAUGUAGACCUAAAGGAACAGAUCCAAGUGAUAAAACCCGAAAAAGUAUAGGUGCCACUUUAGAAGAUAAAGAAAAAAAUUUACUUCCUGAUCUCAAGCCUAAACCAGGUACUGAACUAAGGUUAACAGAGAUACCAGAAAAGUUAUACCCUGCUGAUGCUACUCCAUCAGAAAUAACAAAGCAUUCUUUGGAUACCAGUUAUGCUUUUAAUACAAUUUUAAAUAAACUUGAAGACCCUAUGGAUAUUAUUGGAGAACUACAACUUGCAUUUGUAUCUUUCCUCGUUGGGCAAAGUUUAGAAGCAUUUGAGCAUUGGAAGAAAUUAGUUUCUAUUAUUUGUGCAGUUGAUACAUUGAUUCCUAACAAAAGAGCUAUAUAUGUUGAAUUUUUAAAAAAUAUUGAAAAUCAAUUAAACUAUGUCCCUGAAGAAGUAUUAUGUGAUAUUGUUGCAAACAAUAAUUUUAUUUACCAUAAUUUGCGAAAACUGUUUACUUCAAUUGAAUCCAACGAAGAGAUUGAUGAUCGCUUGAAGUCCAUGGCAGAAAGAAUGAAAGAAAGGUUGACUGAAAAAUUUUUAUGGGACUUUGAAAACUUAUGUGAAGAUGAAGAUGCACCGGUUGUUGUCGAUUUGAAUUAAGCUUGUAUAUACUAAUUAAAUUUUGUAAAUAAAAUGAAAUUUUAGUUUUUGUCUCUCAA